AUGGUUGCAACGUUUGAGUGGGCAGAGAUCCUAGCUCAGGCCGCAGCGGACCGACAGAAUGGCGACUUUUCGUCCGUAGCCAAUGCGUUACUAUAUGCUCAUACUCUCUGGCACAAAAAUGCGUUCCGGAGAUUCUGCUCUGACCGCCACCUUAUCGAGGAAAAAGUUUUACCUGGUAACCCAGCAUGGGACCAGUUCACUUCCGAGUAUGAGGCUGAUUAUGUCGCCUCCCAAAUUAUGGAGUCAUGGAAGGUUGAGCCGGACCGUUACCCACCACCCGCGUUCCUGGGGGACGUUGCAUGUCAAGUGGACUAUAUUCUACCCCAAGGGGGGACCCGGGAUAUGAACAAUGACGGAUCUGGCUGA